AAUACUCUCAGUAAUUUAUAGUUUGUGUGUGUGUGUGGUUUUGUUCAUCUUUUAUUAGAUUUAUAUUCCUUGGUAUUGGUUUGUUCAGUGCUCUUAUAAGUGAUGUCUUUUUAAAAUUCUAAUUCCUAAUGUACAUACUGAUACACAGACAUAUAAUUGAUUUUAUAUAUUGAUCUUAUAUCUAGCAACCUUGCUAAGUGAAUUUAUUUCUAAUCAUUUAUCUGUAGAUUAUGUUUUGCUAUGUAUAUAAUCAUACAUCUGAAUAGCCAUUGGUUUAUUUAUUUCCUCCUUACUAAUUCUUUAUUCCUUUUACUUUUCUUCUGAAGUUUUCUGUUUUAUUUGACCUGUAGAUUAUUGAAACAAAGGUAUAAUUACAGUCUCAUGAUGCUUCAGACUUUCUUAGUUUCUCAUUGUAUAUUCAUUUUUGUUUUGCAUAUUUUGAAGUUGGCUGUGAGGUACAUAAGUGUUCCUCACUGUUAAAUCAUUUUUGGUGGAUUUUGUGUUAUUAUUAAAUCUUCUCUGUCUUUUUUAAUGCCAUUCACUUUGGAUUCUGUUUUGUCUGAUACUCACAUUUUGUCUGCCUAACUUGUUUGGCAUUUACUUAGAAUAACAUUUUCCAUCCUUUUAUGUUCAGUCUUUCUUUGUUAUUUUAUUUUAAGAAUAAAUUUAAGAAUGUCUCAUGUAAAUAGUUUAUCACUGGCAUCCUGUUAGAGUUCCAUAUUUAACCUGUUUACAUUUAUUGAGAUUAAUGACACAUUUGAACUUCAUUCUAUGUUAUUUUAUGUUUUUCAUUUGCCUAGGAUUUUUUCCCUUACAUAUUUUUCUUGUUUCAUUUUGUUCUACUGCUUUGAAAGCUUUCAUUUUGUUCUACUGCUUUGGAAGCUUUAUUUAUUUCUCAAUCUGCCACUAAUCCUGUGGAACUGUAAUAGCUUAAGGUACCACCUCUAACAUGAAUGUAACAAGACCUAAUUUACUCACUCACUGUUAGAUAUUUACUCACUAUAAUGUGAUAUUCUCUUUCCUUCACUGGUAGGCAGGUUGAACUAAUAUAGUAUCUUCUUUUUAACAAGAAGUCUGCCUUUGCUAGUAGCCUUUCCCUUCAGGACAGGUAUAAUGUCUAUUUGCUCUUAUAUCCUCUGACUAGCCCUGUGUCUGGCACAUAGUUAGGCACUUAAGUUAGAGACUGUGAAGUAUAAUAAAAUGAGAAAAGGCUUCUGAGCAGCAAAUCACAGAAACUUGAGUUCUGGGUGUUGGGGCCUCACUUAUGAUGCUUUGGAGGAAAUCUGGAGAACUUGCCAGACCUGCACACAGGGGCAUGUUUCCUAAAUGAGUUGGAAGAUUAGAAGUGUCCCUGACUGAAAAUUGAGGAUCAGCUUUAGAAAAAGAAGUUGGAAAACCUGCAAAUCUAAAACUCACCAUAGAAACUAAUGUGGGCAACAGAAAGACAGACCUCCGUGGGAAAAUGUGGAUCAAGAACACUUCACUUCAGUCCCAGCUCUGCCAGUUUGUGACUGUGACUCUGGGUUGAUGACUUUAUCUCUCUAAACCUUAAUUUUUUCAUCUAUAAAAUGAGGAUAAUAGUCCGUAUCCUGUGUGACCGACUUAGUUGUAAGUAACAAGAUAAUUCCUAAGUGCUAUAAGCAUGUAAGGUGGUAGUUUUAUUUCAUAAUAGUAAUCUCAAGUUAUUAAGAAAAGGUUAGGUUAUGUUAGGCACAUCCUUGCUGAGAAAACACAUUUUUGGUGGCCAUUUAAAAAUGUGUUUGUCAAUUUUUAAGAUAAUAAAGCUAUGUGGUCAUAAAGAAAUAAGUCAACUUCAGUUAUCUAAAGAAUGUAUGCAUGUGGAAUAGCUCUGUGGUCCCUGACAGGACAGAAUACAUGGGCCUCGUUCUGGACGGAAAGUCAGAAGACGUGGCUCUGCCACUUACUCUUCCUGUGGUCUUGACUAAACACCUGCUAUCUCUUCAUCUGAAAACCUACAGUAAUCACUGUCCCACCUGCUCUGUGUGUCAGGGCAGGGCUUAAAUGUGAAUGUGAAUUAUGUUACAAACUGAAAAGAUGUGCAGAUGUAAGAGAUGAUGAUAAUAAUCAUUGUUACUGUCAUUACAGGUUGAGGUGUGGUUGUGGCUAGCCACUUUGCAAAUUUAAUACGUUUGCUGAUGGGGAAGGACAUGAUAAGUAUCAAUCUGAUAAAGAACUUCCACUGACCCCGAGGUUGGAGAAUGAGCUUGAUGUAUUAGAUGCGGAUAUCCCUCAGGAAGAAGCUCCAUCUGUUCUAGACCAACCUGCAAGCUCCAGGGAAGAAUCAUUAGCCCCGGCAAACACAAAAGCAGUGGAAAAGAAUCCUAGGACUGAGAAUGUGCCCUUGAGGAAGAAAGAGGCUCUGGUACCAGCAAGACUACAGCAAAGACUCCACAAAGCUGAAAAAAGUAGACCAACCCAGAUUCAUAGCAAAAGAAGGUUGCAAAGGACAACGGUCUCAUCCAGAUUGAAAAUGAACCAACAGCCUGUGAAAGACAACAGGGCUCCUUGGAUACCUCCAAAUCCCACCUCCCCACCGGCGUCUCCUAAAUGUGCUGCAUGGCAAAAGGUGAAAUCUAGCUCCAAAGAUGCCACAAAAGAACAGUCUUUCCAGCGAGAAGAUAAUCAAGAGCAAAGCCAGUUCAGAGGUGCUGUAGAGCACGAAGCUGCUAGACUUGCUUGGCUUGAGGCUGAAACUUCUAAAAGAUUGAAGGAACUAGAAGACUUAAAAGCUGAAGAAAUGGACAGAAUGCAAAAGCAGAGUGUUUCUGCUACACAGUUAGCAGACAAGGUACAGAAGGCAGUUCUGGAGCAUUUGGAGCCUCUCCUGGCCAAGGCCCAGAGAGUCAAUUCUUCUCUGGAAGCAGAUACUCGUUUGAAGGAUCAGCCAUCAGUAAACACAGCAACAGCCCAACCUACAGAGGAGGCUGUAGAUGUUCACUGUGGACCCAACAGCAUUGGUCAGCUGAAUGAUUCUUUGGAAGACACCCCUCACGAACUCUGGCCUAUGAUUCACUCUAAGAUCUUGGAGUCUGAAGCCUUAGCCGCCUUGGGGGAUGGCAAGGGCAGCCCAUAUCUGGAGACCAUGAUGCUCCGCGUGGAGGAAAUGGAAAAAUACCAGGAGACAGUUCGCCAAAGAUACAAUAAAAUUGCAUAUACCGAUCCUCAUCUUUGGAUACAGGAAGGAAAAAAUGACCACAAAGUCCCAGCAGUAAGUGAAAGGCCUCUUUCUCCUCAUCCCAUCAGGAUCACGACCACAGCAGCUCGCAAGGACCCAGAAGUGAACAUUGUGUUAGAAAGGCCCCGGAAUGGCAAUUCCCUGAAUGAAAGUGUGGAAACAGAGGAGAGAUCGGAGAAAAGAGAGGCUCCCCUUCUCUCCCUUUCAGAAGAUUCUCCACGGAAAGCGGGCCAAGCUGCCCUGUCUGUCCCUCCAGGCAUGCUGCGCAGCAUCGGCAACUACUGCAGGCGCUUCGAGCAGCACCUGCGGUUGAUGUCGCAUGAGGUCGUGGGCUCUUUUAGCCCGUGGCUUAUGGCUGAAAGCUUUUCAGAAGAGCUGGUAGAUGAAGCUCUGGGGGCCGUGGCUGCUGAACUUCAGGAUAUGUGUGAAGAUUACGCAGAAGCUGUGUUCACCUCAGAAUUCCUAGAGGCGGCUGCCUAAAGACUGCAGGGCACUGGAGAAGGGACAGCGCCACCCUCUGUUUUAGGCCACAGGAAGUCCUCGUCCUCGGCUGCCCAUCCAGGCCCUGAAGGUGCUGCCCAGUGAAGGAAGGAAAUGCCAGCGAGGGCACCCUCACUUUGCAUCUUCUCGUCAUAGUAAUGGUUCUGGCCGUUUAUGAUGGAAUGUGUUAUGUGUCAGUGCCUAGGAAAUGUGGAUUGAUUAUGACAAUAUAAUAUUUUCUGAAUUAUAAUUUUCCUCUUGAAAUAUUAUGUUCAUUCCACUGACUCAGCUUGGUGACCAGAAUGUUUUGAAAGGUAGUAUGUUUCACCCAGGGAUUCAGGUUGCUAUUUAGCCUAUGGGUGGCAUUGAUGCCAGCAGAAGCACGGCUGCUCUCUAGUCCCGUCGCCAGCUUGUGUUUCCAUCUUUGGCAGCUUCCUGUCAGGACACCUGUCCCUGCUGGGUUACAGACUUGCAUGAGGCACAGAGUUUAGUUAUGCAGCCAAACCUCUGAUCUGUUGUAGCUUAUUAAACAUCGGAACCCAUCAGUUACCAGGGCACACCUAACACAUUACUGGAAUUUUCAACUCCCAGGUACUUUCUUACAUUUUUUGUUCUUCAAAGUCUUUCAUUGCUGUGGGUUGAUGUAUUCUGAUAUACUAACCUUUGUCUGAACUCAGGGAGCUUUGGGGACCUCAGGAGAGGCCUCCUGUGCUUGGAGAAAGGAGCAAAACCCACUUCCACCUUUGGGGAGGGCAACAAUUUCAUUUCUGGAUGGUGUGAAGACCUCUGGGUCUCCCCUGAGAAGGGAAGGAACUGUAGAACCACAUAGCUUGGUCCUCGGUUGUCUUAAAAGUCAUAUUUUACCAAAAGAAAAGCCUUUUUUUUUUCCUUCAGAAAUUCUGAAUUCAGAAAAGGAAAGGGGAAUGUACAUAAAAAAUAAGGCUACUGCCUGGAAAAAGCUUCCCUCAGUUCUUUGCCUGAGGCUUGGUGAGACAAAUGUGAAGAACGCGUGAUGGGGGACAUACCCAAUGGAAUAAUGUGAAUCUUUUUAUAAUGUUCACAUUGUCAUCUGGGAUUUUUCUCAGAAAUACAAGUAUUUUAGGUGAUAAUUUAAGAUGCUCGAUCACACUUUUUUGUGCAAAAUUGAUUUUUGUUCGAUGUUAAUGGUUUCCUGCUUAAUUUUAUAUGACCUCAGAAUAAAAGGCUUCAAGGGAAAGCAAAAGUCUUUAACUGAAGGAGUUACAUAUAUACAGUUGAUAGGAAUGUCUGUUAGGGAUGGCUUAAGGUAAUUUGUGUGGCAGUUUUUACUGUGGUGAUUUUUUAAAAUAAACUCAGUAUUUUAAAGUAUGUA